CUCGCAUAUAAAAGUCACGACACGCCUCCGCGGGCAGAACUGUUGGAGAAGCUACGUGCAAAACUGCAUAUAGUUACUUUACAGUUUACACCCAUUUAUGAUCCUCUUAUCAACUGGUAGCUCGUGGACCGAUACAGUUGUUGUCGCUCAGUAGACAAAAUGACUUCUAUAGCUUUGUGCACAAUACACAGCUCAGCGAGAUCAAUAGCAAGACUGUGCCAAGUGUCCCGCUCUGCGCAUGGUACAGCUGAUUUCCACUCUUUCGUAGCCCGUUACUCUACCCUCCGUAAAUGUGCCUUUCUUCUGGGAGGAAAAUGGUCAUUCAUAAGAGCAGGAACGAGACAGAUGUCUCAAGCAUCGCCGGGGAGGAUCUUACUCGGACGGUACGGUGUAUUUCUGGCUGCUGGGGCAGCAGCUGUCACCGGGGUCCUGACGGCAGGUGUAAGUCACUUUCAGCGGGCCGAGAUGGCAACGAAGAUAUCCAAGGUUGAAGAAGAAGAGGGGAACAUACGCGAGAGAUGCAAGUCGUUCAUGUCUGUACCAGUCACUGACAUCAAGGUCUUAGAGCAGAGGAAAGACGCGAUGUCUGCGAGAAUGGAGAUGCUCAUCAUGGAGACACAGGCUGCGUUCUGUAGAGCCCUUGAGGAGGUGGAUGGAGGCUCGUUCAGGGUGGACAGAUGGAGUAGGAAGGAAGGUGGUGGUGGCAUCAGCUGUGUGAUGCAAGAUGGGAAGGUUUUUGAGAAAGCGGGUGUGAACGUGUCCGUGGUGUUUGGGAACCUCACCGAAGAGGCCGCCAAGCAAAUGCGCAGCCGUGGAAAAGUUCUGAAAGGGAAAGAUGGGAAGCUGCCGUUCUGUGCCAUGGGCGUGAGUUCAGUCAUACACCCAAAAAACCCCCACAUCCCCACAGUGCACUUCAACUACAGAUACUUUGAGAUUGAGGAAGGAGACGGCACAAAGCAGUGGUGGUUUGGUGGAGGAACGGAUCUCACUCCUGUUUAUAUUGAUUUGGAAGAUGCCGCCCAUUUCCACAAGACUCUGAAGGAAGCAUGUGACAAGCACCAUCCUAAGUAUUACCCAGACUUCAAAAAGUGGUGUGACAAUUACUUCUACAUCCGUCACCGAGGGGAGACGAGAGGCAUUGGUGGGAUCUUUUUUGAUGAUUUGGAUUCCCCCAAUCAGGAGGAGGUCUUUAAUUUUGUGAAGAGCUGCGCUAAAACUGUGGUGCCUUGUUACCUGCCCAUUGUAAACAAACACCUAAACGACUCCUUUACCCCUGAGGAGAUGGACUGGCAGCAAGUCAGGAGAGGCAGAUAUGUGGAAUUUAAUUUAGUGUAUGACAGAGGGGUGAAAUUCGGCCUGGCCACACCUGGGUCUCGCAUCGAGAGCAUCCUGAUGUCCCUACCACUUACUGCUAGGUGGGAGUACAUGCACGAGCCCACAAAAGGCACUAAGGAAGCCGAGAUGCUGGAGGUCUUACGGAACCCUAAAGAAUGGAUCUGAUUGAGAGGAAGACCAGUUUACCUAGUCAUCAAUAUUGGCAUUAUUAGACGGGAAUUGUGAAAAUGGUGGGUGGGUUUUUCUCUGGAUUCGCUCAGUGAUACCAAACUUCAAUAAGUACAACAGUCACUAAAACAGAAAAUCAGCUUCUCCGACAGGACACAUUCUCAUCAUUUGACUCAUUGAUUGUUUUUUCUGACUUAACUGCAGCACUGCACGAUUACUGGCUUGGCUGUAAUGAACCCUCUAUCACUGCCAUUGGCUGUAUGGAUUCACUGGAGAUGCAGUGUUUACUCCCGUGACAGUGUUACUUAGUUACAGCUUUGUUUCUGCUUGCACUGCUUUAAUCAUGACUACUGGUGUAUUCGAAACCUGUAAUGGCUUUGGUAUGCUGUUUUUGAAUGGAUGUGUUAAUCGCGUAUGUCUAGGGUCAUGUUUACCGUGUGCUAAUGCAAGCACCAUGUCAUUAUUGCUUUUCUUACCCUGUGAAUUUUUUUGUGCCUCACUUCAAGGUUGUUUUGUGUCCUGUCAUGUGCUAACAUAUCUUUAUCCUUGUGCUUCUUUUUUUUUUUUUUUUUUACAGCUAUUAAAAUAGGAAUCAGAAUUAGGAGUAUUCGCAGGACAUUAUAAUGUUGAUAUUUUGUGUAUUACGAAACAAAAUAAAGUUUUUAUAUGUGGUUUAA